UAUUCUUAAGCAACUUUUCAAAGCCAGCUACCUCCUUUUCAACAGGUGUGUAGAGGGGCUUCAAAAAGCAGAUUACUGAUUAUCCACCUUUGCAUAUAUAAAAACAGCUAAGCAAACCAAAUUUCCCACAGAGAAAAACACAAGGGAAUGCCAGCCUCCAUGUCUGACUUAGAGCUAAUCCUCUGUGUUCUUCCCUCAAGCUUAACUCCAUUCCUCUUCCUCAUUCUCAUUCUCAUCAGAAGAAAGAAGCAGCAACACCAAAUCAGAGAACUCAAUCUCCCACCAGGGAACAUGGGUGGGCCUUUUCUUGGUAGUAAUCGUGGUGGUGGUGACUGGCCUUCACCGCCUCCUCCUAUGCCGAUGAGCGGUGAAAUGACAGGGAAUUUCUCAGGACCCCAUGGACCCCCCUUGCCACCUCCCUCAUCAAACAUGUCACUCGGCUGGUUCAACCUGAACACCUUCACCUAUGAGGACCUAGCAACCGCUACUAACGGGUUCUCACAAGCCAAUUUGUUGGGUGAAGGUGGGUUCGGGUUUGUGCACAAGGGCGUCCUCCCCAGUGGAAAAGAGGUUGCAGUGAAGGGUCUCAAGGUCGGUAGUGGGCAAGGAGAACGGGAAUUUUUUGCGGAGCUCGAGAUCAUUAACCGAGUUCAUCACCGACAUCUAGUGUCGCUCGUUGGAUAUUGCAUUUCCGGUGACCGUAGAUUGUUGGUCUAUGAGUUUGUUCCCAAUUCAACCAUAAAACAUCACUUGCAUGGCAAUGGACUUCCACCAAUGGAUUGGGCAACUAGGCUUCGGAUCGCAACUGGAUCUGCUAAAGGGGUUGCCUACCUUCAUGAGGACUGCCAUCCCAAGAUCAUCCAUCGUGAUAUCAAAUCUGCUAAUAUUCUCCUGGAUAACAACUAUGAGGCCAUGGUUGCUGAUUUUGGGUUGGCUAAGCUGUCAUCUGACAACUGCACCCAUGUUUCUACACGGGUUAUGGGUACUUUCGGGUAUUUGGCUCCAGAAUAUGUAUCAAGUGGAAAGUUGACAGAGAAGGCCGAUGUCUUCUCAUUUGGAGUCAUGCUUUUGGAACUCAUAACUGGAAAAAGACCGGUUGAUCCUUCAAAUGCCAUGGAAGACAGCUUAGUGGACUGGGCUCGACCACUUCUCACACGGGCACUAGAGGACGGUAACUAUACAGAGUUGGUGGAUAUCCGCUUGGACAACACCUACAACAGUCAAGAAAUGGGACGCAUGGUCGCCUGUGCUGCUGCCAGUAUUCGUCACUCUGCUGAACGACGCCCAAAGAUGAGCCAGAUUGUACGCGCAUUGGAAGGAGAUGUGUCGUUAGACGACUUAAAUGAGGGGGUAAAACCAGGGCAGACCGUAAUGAUGAAUCCCGCUGCUGGUGGAAGCUCGGGCUAUAACACAGAGGCAUACAAUGCCUGUUAGAAACUUGUAAUAACCCUAGA